CUCAAACCGUCAUCUGCCAUUGUCCUGCUGUCGUCUUUUCUACCCUUUGUCCGCCUCGUAGAAAUAAAGAGUGGUCUUUUACCCAUAACUUGGCUGUUCGAUGGCAUCGUCGGUUUUCUACCGGUUCAAAGCUCAGAAGGAUGAGUCGAGGAUAAAUUUUGACGGUACCGGCAUAUCUGUCUUCGACCUCAAGAAAGAGAUCAUUCUAGCAAACAAUAUGUCAAAAGCCAAUGAUUUUGAUCUCAUCGUACUCGAUGGCUCUUCCGGAGAAGAGUUCAAGGAUGACUCUUAUUUUAUACCCCGUUCCUCAUCUGUGGUGGUGAAACGAAUAUAUGCUCGCCCUGGGAAGGGCAAGGCUGCUAUGUAUACCAGCAGUGCGGGAAAUGCUUCAACGACAUCUGAGGUACCUUCCCGAACGUCUGGAGGCGCCAGCACUCCCGGGUCUUGGCAUAGGGGUACAGGUAAUAUUUCUAAGCGUUUUGAUGUCAAAGUGGAGAAGGAUGCUUCCACCGUUACUCUCAAAAGUGCACAGGCAAUUUCCGUCAAAACCGCCGUCACGAAUGAAGACGAAGCUGCAGCCAUGGCGGCCAUGUUCCAAAUGCAAAGUGCAAACUGGGAGGAGACCCAGGAAAAGAUGUCUCAUGCCGCCCGCAUUCCCAGUGCACUCCGAGGUUCCUCACUAGGAGGUCGUGGUGGGAAACACUACCAUCACCAGCCGGACCGCCCGCUACCUGCCAGCUAUGUAUGCUACCGUUGCGGCCAGAAAGGUCACUGGAUACAAGACUGCCCUACAAACAACGACCGUGACUAUGAUAAUCGACCUCGCAUCAAGCGUACGACCGGUAUUCCUCGCAGCUUCUUGAAAGCAGUUGAGACGCCUGUAGGUCAGGUCGGGCAAGGCGUCAUGGUUACGCCUGAGGGUGGUUACGUCGUAGCGCAGCCCGAUGUCGCAUCAUGGCAGAAGCAAGUGACGAAGCACAAGGGUGUGACGGAGGCCGAUAUUCGUGAGCGCACGCCCAUAGAUCCAUCCCUCGUAUGUCCGAUAGACAACAAGCUCUACCGUGAUGCUGUCAAGACACCAUGCUGUGGUACUCUCUACUGUGAAGAAUGCAUACAGACGUAUCUGCUUGAGCGCGACUUCAUCUGCCCCAAUUGCGGCGCUAAGGUUGCAUCACUCGAUAAACUGAUGAUGGACAAGCCCACGCGGACGAGGGUAGCAGAUUACAUCGACCAAGAGAUCGAGAAGAGCAAGCAUGAAAUCGAGGAGGAGAUCAAGUCAACAGGGACGCCGGAGCCGUCCAACAAAGAAAAACAAGCAUUGGAAGCCGCAGCAUUUGAUCAGGAGUACUACGAGCAGCAGCCCGGCAACGAGCUGGAUGUGUCACAGAUCAUAGCCGAAACGAUCCCCCAACUUCAAGCGCAAAUAUCCCAGAUCCAAAUCAUGCUCAAUAACCCGUCGCUUCCGCCACAGGUACGGCGGCAGACGCAGAUGAAGCAUCAACAGCUGCAGAUGGAGCUUCAGCAGGCUCAGGUCGUCGCGAUGGCCGCGUCGUUCCAGCCUGCCGCAGCGGCUGCAGCAGCGAUGCCGUUCAACAACAUGCAGGGCUUCCAGCAGGACUUCCACCCCGGCGCGUGGACGAGCUCGUUCCCGAACCAGCAACCUGCGAGCCAGGAUUCGGCAUACCAGCGCCUGCCGCUGAACAACAGGAGGAGGAACCUGAAGCGCGAGCGGCCGUCGGAUUUCUUGGAGGUAGGAGGGAGCGAACAGGACGCGAAGAUUCCGCGGUACUGGGAGUGAUGGAGAAGCGGUUUAGUUCUAGAUUGGGGAAGGUCAUCGUUGAGUCCGGGACGGCGGGUUCUUGCACUGAACAUUCAUGCUAGCCGUCACUCUCCACGAUAGCUCUCAUGCUUGCAUGUACCUAGAUUCUGACGCACGCAUAUAAUAAUAACAAUAUCACAUUCGAUGCAC